AUAUUUGACCAGAAUAUAACGGGCUCGGUUUGAACAUUCCACGUAGCAACGUAUUUAUAAAGAAAAUUCUUGAGAAACAAGAAACAUGGCAAAGUUAGUGAUUAUUUUGGCUUGUGUGGCACUUUUCCAUGCCGUGGCUGCACUGGAAUGCUACACCUGUGACGGAGACCAGUGCAAAGAAGCACAAGAAAAAUGGCAGAAGGGAACAUGUGGAAAAAGUGCUGAUCCCAAUCACGAACCUGUUUGCCAAAAGGUGUCAUACAAAGACAAGGCAGGAAAAGACAUGAUCAAGAGGAGCUGCGCCUUAGCUCCCAAAACUGGUGAUAUCAUCUGUCCAACAAUAGAUGGAGCUACUGAUGUCAAGUGUCCUACCUGCAAAGUUGACCUUUGUAAUUCAGCGUCAAACAUCAGCUUGAGUUUUACCGUUGUCGCAGGAAUGGUUCUGGCUUCCCUCGGCCUGAAAUAUUUACUUUAAUUUGUUAUGUUGUUGAGAAUUCAAAAUGUAAAUUUCUAAGAGCUGAUAAAAGUUGAAAAAUAUAUACAAACCUGUGUUACGACAUGGAAAUGUUGUAGAUGUUCCAUUAUUUCAUUUUCACGAACUUAUAAAUUGGAUACUCUUUAUGAUCAGCUUGAAAUAUUUCAUAUUAAUGUACUUUUUGAGAUGAACUGAAUUCAUUUUUAAUCUUAGAUUAUUCGAUUUCUUCUGUAAGAUUUUUUGUAAAUUCAAUAUUGAUUUUGUCGGAAAAUAUUUGUUAUUUUUUUAGAUGAUAGAUGUAAACUUAAUCACGCACUAUGUUGUAAUUGAUUACAUAAAUUUGUAGGAACUAUA